AUGGACUUUCAAAGAUUAUAUGGCUUUUGCAACACACUCAAAAGUAGAUUGGAGGUGCUAGAGAGAGAGAAGCUGGAGAGAGAUAAGUUGGAUAGAGAGAAGAUAGAGAGGCAAAAAACCGAAGAAGUGGCCGAGAAAGAACAACCUGAACAAGUGUCAAACAACUUGCAACAGCCUGAAAAAGGGACACAGGGCCUGCAACAACUUGAAGAUGUGGUAGAGAGGCAACAACCUGAACAAGUUUCAAAGAGCUUGCAACAGCCUAAAAAAGGGACACAGAGGCAAGAGUUAAGUGAUAAAGGUUCUUGCAACCCUGGAUCAUUUGGUAAUAUUCCCGAGGGUCUCCUUCCUGUUAAUAUAUAUUUAUCAUCCCCGAGUCGGUGUUUGGUUGCUCGUGGCAAACUAUAUAACACCAAAGGUAACACAAUGCACGGCAUGACGUUACCACCUGGAUAUGUCAAGGUUAAUAUCGAAGUUGCUAUUGUGCCAAAUGCUCAAUUGCCUAUAUCUGUUGAAGGUGGUGAUGUAUCGAUGGUUGGUCAGGCAAUAGGAACAAUUGUGCCAUGGCCAAUGAACCUUCUUGAAUUUGUUGCUGAACGUGAAAAGAAUCCUGAUCAAUCCCAAAACAAAGUUAAGAAUACCCAACGAAGUGUUGAUUUUGUUUCGUCACCUAACAAAAGCAACAUAAAAUUCAAAAUUGAAGAGUCUCCUAGAGUUGGCGGUUCAACCAAUCUUGUAAAUUUACCUUUCCUUGAUAUGUAUGUGAAAAAGAUGAUGAGGGUUGGAUCGUUAAUUCAAAUAAAAAUGGAGGAAAGUAUAUUUGGUGAGGAGUUUAUAGAGCAUCUACGUGUAGAGAGUAUAAAAGAGAUUCUUGAUCACAAUUGGUUAAUUGCCUCUGUUAUCACUGUAUUUUCCAGGUAUUUGUAUGACAAGUUUAUCAGUCCAAAUGGAUUAAUAAAUAAGUUCUCCUUCAUAUCCCCACAUGUAUCAAGGGAGGAUAAUCUAGGAAAUGCUAUAGCAAAAAUACUUCUGAAAGAUGAGGAGUACUUCAAGGAUAAGAUGAUUCUUGCACCUUGCAAUCUAGGGAAACAUUGGGUACUACUUGUCAUCAAUCUCGAUGCUGAGGUGAUAUAUUACAUGGAUUCGUUGAAUGGUGAACCAACUAAACAUCAAAAUUUAAAAACCAAGUUUGAGAAGUAA